AUGUCUGCAGGUUCAAGGUCUCGGAUUUCGCUGGCCAAUUUAAGCCCAGCUCGCGGGUCUUUGCACAAACAAAAACGAGUUGGUAGGGGUCAAGGUUCAAAUCACGGAGGAACUGCUGGCCGUGGCCACAACGGUCAAAAUUCGCGUUCUGGAGCUGGAAUUAAGCCUGGAUUUGAAGGAGGUCAGACACCUAUCACGAAGCUUUUCCCGAAGCGUGGUUUUGUCAACCAAAACGAAAGGGUUUGGGCUCCUGUGAAUCUCGAACGGAUUCAACAUUGGAUCAACUUAGGCAGAUUAUCUUGUUCGCCUGAAAACCCCAUCACAGCUCGCGAACUGCUGCUGAGUGGCUGCGUCCACGACGCUCAUGACGGAAUCAAGAUUCUUGGCGAUGGCGCCGAGUUUUUAACCUCCAAAAUAUACAUCACACCUUCUAGAGCAUCAAAAAGCGCAAUCAGAGCCAUUGAGGAUGGUGGAGGUCAAGUUGUCUGCAAAUAUUAUAAUCCUCUUGCUUUGCAGGAUUGUGUUAAGGGCCGCACAGAUCGUAUUGCCGCUGCUCCUACACGGCGUCAGGACAUCAUGUGGUACAGUAAAUACCAAAACCGAGGUUUUCUCUCACCAGACUUGCUCAAAAAGCUCGACGACGCGCCCUUUGUGGAAGAACGGUGGAAAUUACUUUCCCGACAACUGGGUAAAUGGCGGAAACAGGAAUUUGACGUGGAGAAGAAGAAGAAAUGA